AUCCAAUAGAAUCUGCGAAGAACGCAGGAGCUGAGCCGGCUACGAUGGUUGGUGGAGCUCGAACAAAACCAGGAAAUCAUGUUGACUUACAAAAGAAAGGCGCGCCUGAAUCAAAGUCCCUUCUCAUGGGUAAUCAAAAUGCAGCAGAUGCUAUUAUUAUGAACCAGAAUGUCGUUGAUGCUGAUGAAAGGCGAGAACGUCGCGAGAUUGCGAAUCACGCCAUGAACAAGCCAUCUCCUAAAUUGCAACCUUCUCAUAACAAUACUGCUCAAAAUAUGCGCAUUAUUCAGCCUUAAGCUAUGU